AUGGUCAAGCGCCACAGGUCGGAUCCUUUGACUUUUGGGUCGGCAUGCCCUGGCCUUUGUUCAGAACUUUUCGCAGCGAGCUUGAUGGGCUUGGAAGUGCGGCCGGUCUUCGCCUGUGAUUGCGACCGGCAUGCCACAACCUUGUGUCAUCAUCUUUGGAGCCAUGACAUGUACUUUGACAACGUCUUCGACGUGAACUUUGUCAAAAAUGCUCCAACAGUAGAUUUUUUUCUGGCGGGAUUCCCGUGCCAGCCCUUUUCGGUUCAGGGUUGUCACUUGGGAACGGCUGACCCAUCGAACGGUACUGUCAUCUACAAGCUGCUGGAGUACAUAUCCAAGAAGACACCUCGAACCUUUGUACUGGAGAACGUCAAGGGUCUGGUAAACCAACACCCUGAAACCCUUUUCGAGAUCAUGAAGUACCUACGUGGUUUGAAGAUCAUGGGUCGCCCAGUGUACACUGUCCUUUGGGCAUGCCUGAAUGCCAAAAACUUUGGUUUGCCACAGAACCGGGAGCGGGUCUUAGUGGUGGGCCUAAUGAAUGAAUUCAAGAUUGCGGAGUUUGUCUGGCCAGUGCAGAUGCAGCCCUUGAAAACAUUCAUCGACAUGAAGGACAUGGGAAAUUCAUCAAACCUCCGGAAUCUCAACCGAACGGAGCUGGGCAACUUGUUUGAAUCCUACAAGAAGAUUAAGGAUCGUGGUGGCUGUCCCAGCAAGGAUCACUACAUUUUGAAUGUGGGCGGCACAUCACCCCACUACAACCUCGACUACAGCCCGUGCCUCACCCGCUCCAGGUGCGGUAGCCAAGGCUAUUGGCUGUCCUGGCUCAAGCGGAAGAUGAAGGUGAAGGAGAUGUGGGCUUUGCAAGGCCUACCUAAAAGGUCUUUUCCAAAAGGAGUCUUGAUGGACAACCAGCUGGGCCAGAUCAUUGGCAACGCCAUCCCUGUGACCCUCUUGGCGAAGGUGAUGUCUAGUUUGUUUGAAGCGUGCCCUUUGCGGUGA